CAUACAGCAGUAAAACUACAGCAGAACCUAGCUACUGUAAUUUACUGCUAGAAAUGGCUUCUAGCGGACCCCCUGCGGGGGAGGACCUGCUGACCACACGGACCACUCACUUUGCAGGUGGUUCCUUCUGGCCUCUGAACUCUGAACGCCCUGCUGCUGACAGCCCCCCCGAUGACCCAAUCCUGCCGGAUUACCAGGACGACGACGAAGAGAGUGGCGUUGUUGGGGCGGGUGAUGUGGACGGGCUUCAAGAGGUUGAGCCUCAGGUAGGUAAUGCGGAAGGUGAGCAGCAGUUCCCACCACUGCACAAUGGGGUGGAGGGGCAAGAACAACGUUCCGCUGUUCCUUUUCCUGUUUACUACCCUGUUUACUACCCUCUUCACUACCCUGUUCCCUAUGCUGUUCCCUAUGCUGUUCCCUAUGCUGUUCCUCACGCUUAUCCUUAUCCACCUUAUGCUUAUCCCAAUUCUCCUUACGCUUAUCCCCAUGCUCAGUAUGCUUAUCCCCAUACUCAUUACGCUUAUCCUCAUGCUCCUGCUGACCCUCAUACUUUCGCUCCUGCUGAUCCUCCUGCUGAUCCUCCUGCUGACCAUUUUUACGAUGGUAUCGAUGCUGCUGUUGAUAAUUUACUGGCCAGCUACAGGUAUGAGCAAUCUGAAGAGGACGAGGAUGAAGACUCUGAGAUAGAUGUCGUUGGACCUGACAUCCCUGAACUGGAUGCCGAGGACAUCGAGCCAAUCUUCCUAGAAGAUUCUUCUGACGAGGCAGUAGUUCCUGGAUCCCCCACAAUGUCUCACCUCGGCUGCUCCAGGAGACGCAGGGACGAGAGCGACGACGAGGAGGAGACUGCUGCAAAGAGGCGGAGGUGGGCUGAUGACAGUGACUGGGAUUAACUCUACGAUGGAUGGGCUGACAUUCCUCCUUGAAACAUCGGAGCAAUCGUCGAGUCCAUACCUGCCCUUCAUCACAGCAGGACCAAUGAUUCCCGUGGUAGCUUUUGCGUCUGGCAGAGCUGCACAUAUCUAUUUGUGUAGCUCUUCAUUUUUGCACAGUGGAUCGACUUUAUUUCUUUCACCCUGAGGACUGGCCUUUGCGUCUUGCAGGGCCGGCGAUGCCCCAGGUAGCUCUUGCGCCUGGCAGGGCUGUCGACACCCCACGCAUGUAGCCUUUGUGUCUGGUGGGGCUGAUGAAGACAAAGUUGCUUUUCACUGCCCUUCAUCACUUCCACAUCACAGCAGGACCAAUGAUUCCCGUGGUAGCUUUUGCGUCUGGCAGAGCUGCACAUAUCUAUUUGUGUAGCUCUUCAUUUUUGCACGGUGGAUCGACUUUAUCUCUUUCACCCUGAGGACUGGCCUUUGCGUCUUGCAGGGCCGGCGAUGCCCCAGUAGCUCUUGCGUCUGGCAGGGCUGUCGACACCCCACGCAUGUAGCCUUUGCAUCUGGCAGGGCUGAUGAAGACAAGGGUAGCCUUUGCAUCUGGCAGGGCUGUCAACACCCCAGGUAGCUUCUUGCACUGGGGCUUUUUUGUAAAUCUUUUGUAUAUAUAGUUGUGUAUCUCUUCAUUUUUGCAUGGGGGAUCGAUCGACUUUGUUUCUUUCACCCUGAGGGUCAGCCUUUGCGUCUGGCAGGGCUGUCGACACCCCAUGCAUGUAGUAGCCUUUGCGUCUGGCAGGGCUGAUGAAGACAAGGGUAGCCUUUGCGUCUGGCAGGGCUGAUGAAGACAAGGGUAGCCUUUGCGUCUGGCAGGGCUGUUGACACCCCAUGCAUGUAGCCUUAGCGUCUGGCGGGGCUGAAGAAGACAAAGUUGCUUUUGCGUCUGGCAGGGCAAGGAACCUUCAGCUUGGUCGGUGUUCAAAUGAACACCAUAUUCCCCUACAAAAAAAACCUCAUGGCACAAAGUGCCAUGAAAUCUCCCCAAGGGCAGUUUGGUUAAAGUCUGCCCAACGUUAGGCGCGCAAUUAGGAUGCCUCCUUAACAUCUUCAU